UAGAUCAACAUUGGCAGUUUGUGAAGCGCGUGGAUUGAAACAAUAACAACACAAACCCCAGACUGGAAAAAAAGACUUGCGGCUUAAAAUAGGCCAUCGGUGUUAUUUUGACAAAACAAUGCCAGACAUGAAUAUGGAUUCAGACUGCAAUAUGGCUCCAGUGACUUCCGGAAACGGCAAACUUCGCCAGUGGUUGAUUGAUCAGAUUGAUAGUGGGAAAUAUCCCGGGCUGGUCUGGGAGAAUGAAGACAAGACGAUUUUCCGCAUUCCUUGGAAACACGCUGGGAAACAGGAUUACAACCGAGAGGAGGACGCGGCACUCUUCAAGGCUUGGGCACUUUUCAAAGGCAAAUUUCGUGAGGGAAUUGACAAGCCAGACCCCCCAACAUGGAAGACCAGACUGAGAUGUGCCUUAAACAAGAGCAAUGAUUUUGAGGAAUUGGUUGAUCGCAGUCAACUUGACAUCUCCGAUCCAUACAAAGUGUACAAAAUUAUUCCAGAAGGAGCAAAAAAAGGAGGAUCAAAGCAAAUGAGUAUGGAAGGUCCACCGAUAUCAAUUAACCACCAUUCGUACCCUACAUAUCCAUCGAUGCCACCCCAGAUACCCAACUAUAUUGUACAACAUGAACGUGGCUGGAGAGAUUAUGAACAGCCUCAUCCAGAACUCUCUUAUCAGUGCCCAACUGUGCCAUUUCCUCCACGAAACCACCACUGGCAAGGACCUGGUUGUGAUAAUGGUUAUCAAGUGACUGGAUCAUUUUAUGCUUGUGCACCUGCUGAAUCACAAGCACCUGGUAUUUCAAUAGAACCUACUAUGAGAUCUGCUGAAGCACUGGCCCUUUCAGACUGUCGGCUACACAUUUUUUUGUAUUACCGAGAAACCCUGGUGAGAGAAGUGACAACAACCAGCCCUGAAGGUUGUAGAAUAGCCCACGGCCAAGAUGAUAAGCUAUUUGCAGCUAGCAACAUAGAUCAGGUGCUGUUCCCUUAUCCAGACAGCAAUUCACAACGUAAGGGUAUUGAAAAACUACUCAGUCACUUGGAGAAGGGAGUCCUGCUGUGGAUGACGCCUGAUGGUCUCUAUGCCAAACGAUUGUGCCAGAGCAGAAUCUACUGGGAAGGACCUUUAGCACCAUACAGUGACAGACCUAACAAGCUGGAGAGAGACCAAGUCACAAAACUUUUUGACACACAACACUUUUUAGCAGAACUACAAAGCUAUGCACACCAUGGCCGGUCACUCAUGCCCAGGUUCCAAGUCGUGUUCUGUUUCGGUGAGGAAUUUCCAGAUCCGCAGAGAUCAAGAAAACUUAUCACAGCACAUAUCGAGCCAGUGUUUGCCAGGCAGCUUUAUUACUUCACUCAACAGAACAGUGGACAUUUGCUUAGAGGGUUUGAAAUACCUGAUCAUGUGAACAGUCCAGAGGAUUAUCACAGAUCUAUUCGACAUUCAAUCCAAGACUAAAAUUAUGAAGACAAAUAAUUGUCAUUGUGCCAAUCAUACUUAAAAUCCAGCAAUUCUUGUUCUGGAAUGCCGUUACCUGCGUCACACUGCAAACAACAUGGACAUCAGAAGUAAUUGAAUCUACUGCUGCAGGCUGUGACAUGAUACUGCCCUGACAAUGUUACAUUGUGAGCAAUGAGUUAUUGUGACAAACGGACUCCUAAUUGAUGAUUGCAUUGGCCAUGUCCAGGAAUGAAGACAGAUGAAUUUGCCAGCUUUUCAUUGGAGCACUGCUUGUUGUGUAAUCCAAUGUUUUUUUAAAAAUGUAGUUUAUUGUAUUUAUUUUAAUGUUCAACAUUCUCAGGGAAAUUUUUUUACAUCACAGAUGUAAAAGUAAGUUCUGGGAUAUAAUAUCCUGUAAGGUUAUGCAUUUUAUUCUUUUUAUAAAUAGUCAUUUGUUAAUUUUUUUUAAGCUGUUAAACAGUUAUUUUUGUUUUAUUAAAAUAUGAAGUCCAACUUCCAAAAGA